AUUUUUCAGCGUUCCUUCAGAAUGCGCAUAAUUUUAUCAUGAAGUUCGUGAUAACUAUUCGGAAACUAACAUUACUAAACUAAAGUGUGCUAUGUAUUACGCAGUAUGUCUAAUCAAUCAGCUGAAUCGAUCGGCGCGCAGGAUGGAGGAAAUAGCAGGGUGCAAAAGAUUACGGAAAAAUUCGAAACACUCAUAACAUCGCAAAAGCAACAGGUUAUUACUUCACCGCAGCUCCACUCCAUGCAUAAAUCUCCUGCCAAGCGGACGGGUUUUGAACGAGGAGAUCAACGGUUCAGUGUUCCACCACCACGUGAACUGGACGUCCGAAGAGGAAUAAAACGUUCGCAAGCCUUCCGCCGAAGCACCUCACAGACUGGGACGAUGAAUGGCGAUAAUGUUCCACUGACGAACGCUUCCAACCUGCAGCUUAUCCAUUCCGAAAGCAUCCGUGAAGCCCUGAACAAACCGCUUCCGGAGGGUCCACCGCCAGAGAAGCCACCGAGAAUCGUAAUCCAGGAGAAAAGAACGCGUGACACAUUGUAUGGAGAGCAUGAUUCCGAGCAUUAUGAAGACGUGAAUAUGUUCAUCGAAGUUGCCUUCCAAGAACCAGAGAAUGGGCUAGUACGUGAGUCAUCUACGCGGGAACAGAUUUCCCUGAAGCAACCCGUUAGUGAAGAGCAUCGCAAACGAAUUCGUAGAUUGUCACGGUGUGCGGAACUAAACUGCUACACCCAGCAGUACGGCACGAUCCGUGCCUAUGAAGUGGUAGAAAAACGGGAUGCGACGGAUGAUGUGCAAGACAAGACACCCGAUACCAAAGGAUUGAUCGAGCGUUACAAUAAGCUCUGUACUGUCGAAAAUGCUGUGAUUCCUGCCGCGCAAAGUUUAUACAACUACUGUAUCGUUGUUGGGUACGACAUUAUGCAGAACAAACCGUAUGUAAAAAGUAAAUAUCCGCCACAGAAGUCCCUGCACAAACUGAUCGAAGUGUUUGUGUAUCCCGACAAUGGCGCGCUAAUUAGAGGGAGUGAUCAGGAAUACUGUAUAAUCAUCACCGACUACCCCCAGCGGUUGUACGGUUUCUGCCGGCGCGUUCUUCCGGAAUCGUCCGAGUUUUGCAUCCCAUUGACCUACUGCUUUGUGACGAAGUACAACGAGCCGACAGUGUUUUACAAGCUGUUGCAAUGCAUCGAAAGUCAGCACGGGAACGGUAGGGUACCGGAACAGCUUAUGGAACAGUUCUAUAACCAAAAACUACCGCUGGCCGGAGAAAAAAUAUCGCUCACCCUGCCAACCUGCAUCGAUACUCACUCGCUACUCCGACAAAAAGCCUUCCUGCCCUUCACGCUGACUAUAAGCCGUCCCAAAGAUUUGCGGUUAGAGAAAACCGAACUGUAUGAUAUUUUCAAGUGCCUCGGACCAGAUGGUUUGAUCGAGGUGUUCGAAAGCUUACUCCUCGAGAAAAUGGUGAUAUUAUUUAGCGAACAUCUAUCUCUGCUGGCGUCGUGCGUGCAGGGACUACUGUUAAUACUCUAUCCAUUCCAAUGGCAGCAUAUUCUGAUAACGAUCAUUCCGGACCAUCUGCAACAGAUGUUAGAAGCACCAGUGCCAAUGUUAGCCGGUACCUUACAGCCCGUCCCGGAACAGGUGUGGAAAAGUGGCGAAGCCUGCUACGUGAAUCUCGAUAAGCGAACGGUUCGCACUACGAAAAAGGAGCAAUUUUCCAUACUUCCGAGUGAACUGAAAAAACCGCUCCGGGUGUCCCUGGGGCUCGUCAAAGCGUUUGAGGAUUCUAAAGGGCUCGCGAGUGUGCUGAUCGGUGGCGCAUUUAUUCGCUUUUUUGUUGAGUUAUUUUCCAAUCUGGACACUUAUUCUUAUGAGAAAUCCCAAUUCUUGAAUGGUUUCGACAACCAAGAAACAAAACUUUUUCUCAACUGCUUCCUGGAAACGGUAAUGUUUGCCGAUUUUCUGGAAAACUGGCAUGCCUCAAAACUUCUAAAGAAUACUUCCCAUUCAGCGGGCAGCUUUGACUAUAGUCUCUUUAAUUCAAAGAUUACCGAAAAAUCGCAAAACAAGUACUGGCAUACGGCUAGCUUCGACGAGAUUAUCGCGAACUCCAAACUAAUCGAACGCAAAGGAAAAACUUUUAUGGCGAAGGUGAAGAAUUUAAUGAAAAAAUCCUAAAACAAAAACAUAAAGUGCUCUCGACAAUCGACGAAAUUAAAGAGGACUGCCAUAGUUGGUAUACAAGAGAUAUUCUAGCAUUUAGAACCGCCUUUGGCCAUAGAAAGCAAUUUUUAAUGUCUUAGAAAUGGUGCAUGACGUCCACGAGCCAACAAGUUCUGAGCAGAAGUUUACUUAAUAGCUACAAUAGUGCUAUCUUAAUGAAACCAUACACAAAACUAAUAAACCAAGGUGUAAAAAGCAUGACAGAAAUACGAGAAAACAAUAACACUAUUUUUUAAACUAAUCGAAUACUAAGCCCUACAUGGUUUAAUAUAAAUUUGACAAUUUGUUUGAUGUUUUAAAUUUGGUUGAAAAGAGAAUUAGAAAAGCUUAAUAUAAAGCAAUCUUUAAUUUUGAAUAAUUGAAAGCAGAGUUCCGACUGUCUUUGAAUUUCAGAAAACUUGCGUCCAUUAGCAUAAUGCAGAAAAUCUGCGUUGAUACUAUUUAUAAUAGAUCACUUGCGAAACAGGCUCACAUUUUAAAAUACAGUUCCAACAAAUUGUUCGCAUUAUUGUUCGCGAAAAACCGAAGAUAGGCCACGUUUCAGGAUAUAUCAUUUAAAUGGACAAAUAGAUUAUUCGGUGCAAAAAUGUGGAUCAUUCGGGGUAUUAAAAAAUAAAUACAAUGAAAUAAAAUACGAA